UCUGCGGAGGCGCGCGCUAAGCAGAGCAUCUGAGCACCUUGGAGACGCCACUGGUUUGGUCCGACGCGCAAGAACGCACCGGCACUUAGACAUACACGCCCUCCAGAUCCACCUGAAACCUGCUUGCCGCUUAAUUGCCCCGUUCGAAGGCCGAGGAAAGGGAGACUGAGCCCCGUUUCACCCGCAGCCAGAACACCGUGUUCCCAUGAUGUCAUACCUGUGGAUUCUGCUAUUAGGAAGCCUGUUGGCUGGAAGCGCCAAGGCACAAGAUGAUGCAGCCCCAGAAGAGAACACAGCAGCUCCUGAGUCUCCGACCUCUGAAUCAGACACAGCACCAGAAUCAGAGGGUGGUGAGGGAUCUGACCAUAACGCAGAGGAAUUACAGCCAACUGUGAAGGAGACCGAGUCUGCUGAUGAUGCUGAAGCUGUGACUCCUGCAGAUGAAGGAGCAGUGACUCCUGCAGAUGCAGACAAAGAACAAGAUACUCCUGUGGAUGCAGACAAAGAACAAGAUACUCCUGCGGAUGCAGACGCAGAACCUGAGACCCCUAAAGAUGAAGGAGCAGUGACUCCUGCAGAUGGAAAUGCAGGAGCAGUGACUCCUGCAGCAGACACAGAGGCAGAAGCUACUACACCAGCACAAGAUCCAGCGCCUGCAGCUGAUCCAGAGGUUAAGGAACCAGAGACUGGGGAACCAGCAGAGGAGCAACCUGCCUCAAACACUGAGGCACCACCUGUACAGGAGGAGGAUGGAUCUGAAGGGGACACCAAGCUGGCAGCAGAUCCAACUGUAGCAGAUAAUGUGGAAGAACCAGCUGGUCCAACUGCUGAUGCUAAACCAACAGUUCCAGUUGAUGAGGAUAAAAUAGUACCAGACACUGAAAAAGGAGUGGAUGUCCUUGUCCCUACAGUUAAAGUGGACCUGCCUAAUGUGGAUUUAGGAUUAAAUUUGGAAGAUGCUCUGCCUGAAGGGAAUGCAGUGGACAAGAAUGCACGUAAAGGAAAAAGCCUUGGGUCUAAUGCACAAGCUGCUGAGGCCACAGGAGAUGCAGAUAAACCUGAGGCACAAGAAUCAAGCUCUGGCUCCAUAGCAGGCAUCUUGAGUGCGAUUGUUGUGGCUGCAGUGGGAGCAGUUGCUGGAUACUUCACCUAUCAGAAGAAGAAACUGUGCUUCAAAGAUAGACAGGCAGCGGAUCCAGAAGCUGCCCGCAAAGCUGAUGCAGUAGAGGCUCAAUCAGAUCCCCAGGUCCUUAGCAACCUACUGAACUCCUCCUAGACCAGCAAUGAUCACAUGACUGCCUGGACCAACGCAAAGUGGCAAUCUCACUGUUAGGCUCUAUCCUCUGUAGAGCUGUAAUACUGUGGGCCCUCAAAGUAGGGCUGUGUGUGUGUGUGCGCGCUUGUGUGUGUGUGUGUGUGUGUGUGU